AAGAACUGAAUGAAGAUGAGGAGAAACAUCAUGUCAAAAGUGAAGAAAAAACCCAAUCAGAGACUGAACAUAGUAUUUCAGUGAAAGGAACAGCUGUAAAAAGUCUCACCUGCACUCAGUGUGGAAAGAGUUUCCGCUGCAAAAGCACUCUCAAUAAACACAUGAGGAUCCACACUGGAGAGAAACCUUACAAGUGUUCACACUGCAGCAAGAGAUUCAGUAAUUCAAGAGACCUGAAAUCACACGAGAGGACUCGCACAGAAGAGAAACCGUAUCACUGCAAUGCUUGUGGGAAGAGUUUCACAUAUUCUUCUUCUCUACAAUUACGCACAAAAAAACAUCACAAUGUGAUGGUGGAGGAGAGUGAAGAUAAGGAGAAACAUCAUGUCAGAAGUAAAGAAAAAACUUUCACCUGCACUCAUUGUGGAAAGAGUUUUGGGCGCAAACGCAUUCUCAUUUUUCACAUGAUGAUCCACACUGGAGAGAAACCUUAUAAGUGUUCACACUGCGACAAAACAUUCAGACUUCUAGAACAUCUGAAAGUACAUGAGAGGACUCACACUGGAGAGAAACCUUACCAGUGUUCACAUUGCAAGAAGAGAUUCAGCUGUUCAAGAAACCUAAAAAAACACGAAAGGAUUCACACUGGAGAGAAACCGUAUCACUGCACUGCUUGUGGGAAGAGUUUCGCAUAUUCAACUUCUCUACGAUUACACACAAAAAACUAUCACAGUAAGUAG